AAACACUAAACGAUGAGGAACAUGUGUUUGUUAUGGCUACAUCUUUUACUACUGAGUAGCUCAAACAUUGGUGAUGCAGCAAAUACAUCCAUUGAUUGUAUGACUGGUGGAUAUCCUGGACAAAAGACGACAUUAAUCUGCAACAUAAUUGGCAGUUUAACACGUGGAAUCUAUUUUAAGAAAUCAAAUGGCGGAUCACCACAAGUCGUGAUAAUGUGUUACAGUGCGGUUAUUUUAUCAUCAACACAGACUACUCUUACCAUAGAAUCGUUCAACUCUGCAACAGAUGCUGGAGAGUGGACUUGUUAUGAUGGACCUUCAAAUGAUGGCAGAUCUACGUGCAACAAGACUGUAUUAUAUGGCCCAGUUGCAGGCAGUAUUAAAUUCAUUCGUACUGCAAAGCUCAAAGAAGGACAGCAUCUGACUGUGGACUGCACUGUUGGCUGUAACCCACCAUGUAACUACUCCUGGAUACUGGGAAAUGAAGAAAUCACAACACGUCCGCUGUUAAACCUGACAGACAUCAAUAGGAAUCAGGACGGGAAUGUCUACAACCGUACCGUGACAAACUCUGCUAUACAACAAUCUAUAAGUAAAAACUUUACACUGAGUGUCUCUUAUGGUCCAGAGCGCAUGUCUGCCUUAAGUGCAGGUGCUAUAUCGGGAAUUGUGAUCGCUGUUGUACUGGCUCUUGCUGUUCCUACUGUCUGGAUAGUCUACAAGAGAAAAAUAAAGACGAAAGCUGAAGAUGUGCAGAACGAACAAAAUAACUAAAGAAAACAAAAAUCAAGCUGACAACCCCCCCCCCACUUUUCCGAAUAUGAAAGAAAAGAAAAUGGCGCUAACGCUAGAACUCCAGAGUUUGUCUUUUUUGGUGUUUCUGAUUAUGUUACCUUUGAGUGUUCCAGUAUACAAUAUGUGUUUGUUUUUUCUUGCAAUAAAAAUGUAGCUCAAAUUAGAAGUGCAGUAAUUUACUCAUGGUACAUUUAGUCGUGAAAAAUAACUUUAGUUCGUUUGCAUUAAAUGGAAACUGACGAUUUACCAUUAACUGUAUACUAAAUAAUGUUAACAUUUGUAUAAAAGCAUUAUUAGCUUCAAAUCCAUAGCAACUAUCAUGGCAUGUUUAUACACACACGCACACACACCACGCGCGCGCGCGCACACACACACACACUCACACACACACACACACACACAUUUUGUGUUUAAAAAAAACCCUUCAAAAUUAUCAACUGUAUAGAUUAAAUGCUGGUAGGCAGUUUUAUCCCAAUUCUUACUUAUAAUCAUUAAAUCAGUAAACAAACAAAGGCAGAAUCACAUGUGCAGUUACUUGAUCUUGACUGUUCCAUUAAUUGAUUUCAUCUGUAUAUCAAAAAGAAGCGUUUACCCUUGGAAUGCAAAAAAAAAAAUCCUGAGUUUGGUUCUAUUAUAACUAACAGAGUAUUUUGGAUGAUUAAAACAGGGUUCGUAUGGAGUCUGGAAAACCCUAAAAAGUAUGGAAUUUUGAAAAUCCAUUUUCCAGACCUGGAAAAAGUAAGGAAAAAUACCUUUUUUGCGAGUUGGUUUGAAAACAAAUAAUGGAAAUUCAUCUUUAGGACUCAUGUAGAAAAUUUUGGUUGCGUGAAACCUGCGGAAUCUGACGACGUUUUCCGACCUCGGUACUAACGUACAUUUGGAAAAUCGAGACUAACAAUUGCCGACAUUUACAUUUGAAAUACGCGCUUGCGCAAUGCAUAUGACAAAAAUAUUGUCCAUUUUGUCAAAUUUUCCGAAAAUAUGGGGAGAUGUAUUGAGUAACGUGAGUCUUGAAAACCUUUUUUUUUUGUCUUGAGGAAAAAGUCUGGAAAAGGUCUGUAAUUUUUAUUUUCCCAAGGUGUAUGAACCCUGUUAAAAUUACAUAUUAAAAAGAUAUGUUCUUCUUUAUAAUAUUAGCGUCUGUACAAACACGGUGUUUGUUGUCCUAAUAAUUGUGUAAGGACAAUGGAAAAUUGCUGCUACAAGCACUAGGAAACACUAAAGGCGAAAAUGUAUUUAAUGUGUAAUUUUAGUCACCAAGAAUAGUGUGUUAGUUGGAAACAUUUGAUGGUGGCAGACAACUCAGGACAGUUUCUUUAAUGGCAGUAUGUUAAGAAUUGUUUUAUUUAUUUACACCAAAGGCUGUGGUAUGUGUUAUCCUGUCUGGGAUGGUGAAUAUAAAAGAUCCAUUGCUACUAAUGGAAAACUGU